ACAUAAACAGCGCGGUAUCAAGUGAGCAACAAGGUUGCUUUAAGAAGCCAGAAGGACGCUGCAUCCUGAGCCUUACUGAUUGUCGGGAACUGAGGGGAACACUAGAGCAGCAGAUAAAGUUGAUGCAUUUGUUGUAAGCUUUCCAGCUUUCAAGCUUUAUUUGUCCGAGUUUGAUACUCCCCUCUGUGGGUGGAGAAGCCGAGGGACUGGCUGACGUCACCCAAAGAGUAGGGAUAAAGUGCAGUGCCCACAGCUUUGGAAUGAGUAAAACUUCUUAGGAGGUGGAAAAGGUCGGCUGCCCUGUCUGGCAGGUGCUCUGCUGACAACAGUCUUCCUGCUAUAGCUCAGCUCCUCACACGGAUCCAAGGAAAAAGGAACAGUAACCAAGAAAAAUCUGUCCACAAUGCCACAAAAUGUUAUUCUCCAAGGACCCUCACCCUGGGGAUUCAGGCUCUCAGGAGGAAUCGAUUUUAACCAACCCUUAAUCAUAACCAGGAUUACACCUGGAAGCAAGGCUUCAGCUGCCAACCUGUGCCCUGGUGAUGUUAUUAUAGCUAUUGAUGGUCUAGGCACAGAGAACAUGACACAUAAUGAUGCCCAGGAGAGAAUUAAAGCAGCUACACAUCAGCUUUGUUUGAAAAUAGAGAGGGCAGGAACUAAAUUAUGGUCCCCACAAGUUUCAGAAGAUGGCAGAGCACAUCCCUUCAAGAUAAAUUUGGAAGCGGAACCUCAGGAAUUCAAGCCUAUUGGUACGGCUCACAACAGAAGGGCCCAGCCUUUUGUUGCUGCAGCAAAUAUUGAUGACAAAAGACAGGUAGUGAGCUCCUCCUAUAAUUCUCCAAUUGGGCUCUAUUCAUCUGGCAAUAUUCAAGACGCGCUUCAUGGACAACUGAGGGGUCUCAUUCCUUACUCAUCACAAAACGGAUGCAGCACUCCUUCGGGGCUGGACUGCGGCAGCGGGCGCAGCACACCCUCCUCAAUCAGCACGGUCAGCUCCAUCUGCCCCACCGAGCUGAAAGCCGUGUCUAAGAUGGCCCCGAAUGUUCCCCUGGAAAUGGAGCUCCCCGGUGUCAAGAUCGUACACGCUCAGUUUAACACACCCAUGCAGUUGUACUCAGAUGACAAUAUCAUGGAAACACUGCAAGGCCAAGUUUCUACAGCUCUGGGGGAAACACCUGUCAUAAGUGACCCAUCUCCCAACUCAGUGUCUCAGUCUGACGUGUACAAGAUGCUGCACGCCAACCAGGAGGAGCCCAGUCAGCCGCGCCAGUCUGGCUCCUUUAAGGUGCUCCAGAAUUUAGUCUCCGAGGAAGAUGGGCGCCCUGUGGGAACAAGAAGUGUGAAAGCACCUGUAACAAAGAUGCCUACUGCCAUGCCUGGUGUCCAGAAAGUGCCACUCUGUGACAAAUGUGGGAGUGGGAUUCUAGGGACAGUGGUGAAAGCACGUGAUAAAUACCGGCAUCCAGAAUGCUUCGUGUGCUCUGACUGCGACCUCAACCUGAAACAAAAAGGCUACUUCUUCGUGGAGGGCCAGCUCUACUGUGAAGCUCACGCCCGUGCCCGCAUGAGGCCGCCGGAGGGGUACGAAACAGUCACGGUUUACCCCAAAUGCUAGUCCUGGCUUACAUUACAAAUACAUGCAUGCACACUAAAAGCCUUUACCAGCUUAGAACCGCAGUACAAGUGUCAGGACUUCUGCCUAAAUCCAAAGUAGCAGCUUCUAAGCCUUCCCCUGUGGGAUUCUGAGAGAGGUGGAAGUCCCUAUUAGCCAGCAAUAGCGUAUUAUACCAGCAAAAUUCUGCUAAAAUAUUGUUUUUGAAACUGUCACUGUAACUCAAGGAAGUACAAACUAAAACAACUCUUCUGGAAUACAAAAAGUGAAACAGCUGAGGUAUUACAUGAAUGUUAGAGCAUUAUGUACAUAUCUAUAUAUCUAUAUAUAUAUAGAUAUAAUAUACAUAAGUGCUGUAAGCAAGACUUUAUUUUUAACAUAAAUUAAGUAUCUGUGCAAACACCAACACCAUCAAAGUCUUACAGGCUGGGCCGCUAUAAAUGUAGAAACUUGACAGAUCAUUAGAAAAGCAGCUAUUUUACAUGUUUAGUAUAAAACAAGCAGUUGUUCAAGUCUGCUAUUAUUCAACAUGCAUUAAUGUAUGCCCCAAACAUGUUUUGCUUACUUUGCUCUGAAUUUGGGGUUAUAUAUGCCUUAAUUUUCUGAUGCAGCAACUGUGAUAAAAAAUAAAUGUCAAGUCACACAAUGAAAUGGUUAAUAUAAUAAAGACUGGUUAGUAUGAAGCAAA